AUGUCGGAUCACAAGAAGGCCACCAUCAUUGACGGCAAGGCAGUCGCCCAAACAAUCCGAUCCGAAAUCGCCGACGAAGUCCUCCGCCUGUCCGAUACUUACGGCAAGGUGCCUGGUCUAGCGGUGGUUAUUGUGGGGCAAAGGAAAGAUUCACAGAGCUAUGUCAAUAUGAAAAGGAAAGCAUGUGCUGAAGUUGGUAUCAAUUCCAUUGAUUUGGACCUUCCUGAGGAAGUAUCUGAAUCUGAGUUGAUAUCCAAAGUCCAUGAGCUGAAUGUGAAUCCCAAUGUUCAUGGUAUACUGGUACAGCUACCGUUACCUAAACAUAUAAAUGAGGAGAAAAUAUUGAGUGAAAUAUCACUCGAAAAGGAUGUCGAUGGAUUUCAUCCUCUCAACAUUGGCAAAUUGGCAAUGAAAGGCAGAGAUCCAUUGUUCGUCCCCUGUACGCCAAAAGGCUGUAUCGAGCUUCUAACCCGAAGUGGCGUGUGUAUUAAGGGAAAGAAUGCGGUCGUUGUGGGUCGAAGUAACAUAGUCGGUUUACCAGUCUCACUGCUUCUUCUGAAGGAAGAUGCCACAGUUACUGUAGUCCAUUCUCGUACCAAAGAACCAGAGAGCAUCAUUCGUAAUGCCGACAUUAUUAUUGCUGCUGCAGGACAAGCAAUGAUGAUAAAGGGCAGUUGGAUUAAGCCUGGUGCUGCUGUAAUUGAUGUGGGAACGAAUGCGGUAGAUGAUCCAAGUAAGAAGUCUGGUUAUAGGCUGGUUGGGGAUGUUGACUUUCAGGAAGCAUGUAAGGUAGCCGGAUGUAUAACUCCAGUUCCUGGUGGUGUUGGGCCCAUGACUGUUGCCAUGCUGUUAAAGAAUACCUUGGAUGGUGCUAAGAGAGUGAUAGAGCAUUAA